AUGCAUUUUCGAUCCAUUGCCUAUGAUGCUAAGAGCAAAAUUUGGAGUAAUUCGUCUCCUCAGACUGACUAUUUUGCCCCGGAUCUGUCCAUCGGGGAAAUAAUCUUUCAUGAGAUGCGAAGACAUCCCCAACUUAUAGCUCAGAUUUCUGAUACGGAAAAGACAAUUUUAACGCGUGAGAACCUUCAAAUGAACUCAAUGCGAGUGGCCAGCUAUAUGCGGAAGUUAAGGCUACAGCAAUCGGAUAUUGUCGAAUUUAAGGAGGAGACAAUUAAAAAGGCUUUUGGACAAACAAAACCAUCUCUGAUAUUCUGCGAUGGAGAUGUGUACGAUAAAAUUUGUGCUGCUACAGCAAAUUUCAAAGUCAAAAUUAUUACAUUGACCAAUCAUAAAAUUAAUUCGUUGGACAUUGAACAAGUUCUAGACACUCCAAUAGAGAAAGGCUUUAAGCCCGCUCGUCUUGAGAAGGGAAUUGAUCAAACAUUAGCAAUACUUUGUACGUCAGGUACAACUGGUUUUCCCAAAGCUGUAACUAUAUCCAACAGCCGGAAAAUUUUCACUUCAAGCGAUAAUCUUACAACCGCUGAUGUCCAAUAUGCAUAUACCACUUUGGAAUGGAUUGGAGGACUACACACUAUCGUGUCUUCUGGAGUUUAUUCGACCACCCGCAUCAUAGCAGACGAUGAGUUUGAUCCCAGCAGGGAACUUCAUAGGAUUGAGAAAUAUAAGGUAACCUGGUGGCGACUGAGUCCAAUCAUGGUCAUUGGUCUGGAAAAGACCGAGAAAUUUCACAAAACCAACUUUGCGAGUGUAGACUACUGCAUCAUUGGGGGGGAUCGCUGUCCAGUGCCGGUCGUUGAACGAUUUCGCAAUCGUUUGAAGGCCAAAUCAGUGGCGCUUACAUAUGGACUUAGUGAGUUUGGAUUUAUGGUCACCACAAACUUCCAUUUGGAUAUAAAACCCACUUCCGUUGGAUGUUUACAAUGUGGCUACAAACUAAAGAUACUCGACGAACAGGGCAAAAUCUUGGGACCCAACGAAGUCGGCGAAGUACUUAUGUAUAGUGGUCAGUAUUGGGGCGGUUAUUACGGAAAUCCUGAAGAAACGCAAAGAGUAUAUGAUUCGGAAAGAUGGUACCACACCGGCGACAUGGGAUAUGUCGAUAACGAUGGAUUUCUAUAUAUAAUUGAUCGAAAAGAGGAUAUGCUAAGAUACAACUUAUCGACGUAUUUUCCCAAUGAAAUUCAAAAUGUCAUUGAGCAAAUAUCUGAUGUAGUUGAAGUCUGUGUCUUUGGCUUGUGUAUGGAUGCCAAUGCUGAUAUACCUGCUGCUGUUGUAGUAAAGAAAAAAGGUAGCAAGCUUCAAGCCCAAGAUGUGGUGGACUAUGUAAAGGAACAUGUGGAAGAAAACUAUAAGCAUAUGGAUGGCAAGGUGCUGAUUGUAGAAAAUUUAAUUCGAGCUCUGGGUGGCAAAAUUAAUCGAAGGGUUAAUAAGGAAUACUUUUUAAGGGUUAUGAAUGGCAAUUAGCUAUCAAAACGAUAGCUGAAA